UCCUUUAGAUUUGUAGUGCAUUUUUCUUCAUUAAAUAAUAUUAUUUUCAAUAGCGACAGAUCUAAGUGAACUAACCUGUGGUGAGAAUAAAAUGAAGAUAGUUAUUCAGAAAUCACGUCUCAACGUUUCUUCACCCUCACAACUACAACUACUCGACAGUUCAUGCAAACCUCAAGAGACGAAGUCGUAUUACAUCUUUACUACUUCACUCACCGGGUGUGGUACGACUAUGACGACGGAAAAUGGCGGCAAAACAGUUUCAUUUCAUAACAAAGUUGUGGAAAGAUUGUCAGCAUUUAAUAAAUCCAUUUCAAGAUCUAAAGAAAUCCAACUUCCUUUCAAGUGUAACUACCCUCAAAGUUAUCUUGUCUCAUCCUCAACAUUUGGUCUUGCUGACCUUAUAAUCGCACCAAACAACGCCAGCAAAGAAGAUAAAAUAUCGUUGAUGGUGGGACUUUACAAAGAUCAGUCAUUUAGUGAACCACUUGUUGGAGAUCCUUCGCUAAACCAACGUCUGUAUGUUGAAAUUGGCCUGAACACGACAAACACAAAUUCUGAUGAGUUAUCUUUUGGAAUCAAGUUAAAUGAAUGUUACGUCACUGCAAAAAGUUCCUUGGCUGAAUAUAAAUAUGUUUUGAUUGAACGAGGGUAGGUCAACUACGACAAUAGUAAAAUAUCUCGAAAUGAUAAAAGUUUCCUUUUCAAACACCCAAGUAAAUUAAUGGCUUUGUGCAGCUGUGUUUCUCCAACACAGAGCGAGUGAAUGAUUGAGCAGUUAAACUUCUUAGCGGAAAGAAUCUUUCUGUGAAGAAGCAUUCCUCAGAGAAUAUUUAUUAAAAAUAUGUGAUACUGUUGCUGCAUAUUCCUCAGAAUCCCUCCUUUACUUUCAUUGUUUCAAAGAUUGUUUGAUAUUAUUAAACCUCUUGAAAAUUAUUGUUUGCAUGCAACCUCUUCAAAAUGAUAACAAACAAAGCAAUCUUGAAAAUUAUAUAGUUAUAAUCGACAUAUAUUUUAAUAGCCCCCAAAUUACAUUUAGCAUUAAAUAGUCUAUAGGCUUAAGAGCCUAAGAGGUAAUAUAAGUAAGUGCGGGAGUCAGCUAAUUAAUGUUAAUUAAUAUUAUUAAUAUUUUUUUAAUAACAAUCAGAUUUUCGCAACCUGCAUGUAUAUAGCGUACAUUUCGCAACCUGUAAGCGUAAGUGUUAAAUUAUUAUUACAUGCCAUGAUAACAAAGAAAGCAAUUUUGUAAACCCAUGCAAUUGCCUCAUGUAUAAAUAGCCCUCAAAUAUCAUACUGCAAAUUACUGAAAAUUAAUUCAUUUUAUUUCGUGCAUAUCUUCAUGUAGAUGCCAAAAAGACAAGACAGUGACAUUUCAUAAAUCAUCAGGACAAACAACAAGAUUUAGUUUCCUAGUAUUCCGUUUCCGUGGCUUACAUCAUUACAACACACGUGUUCACUGCAGAGUCAGUGUGUGUGAUAAAAAGAAUAAGUCAUGUCAUUUGGGAUGUCGAUUAUCAAAACGCGGAAAGCGUAUGUUAUCAGAUGAUCAACAGAUCAGAUAUUUCUUUUAAAUAUUUGAAAAUGGUGAGUUACCGAAACAAUAAAUUAUAUAUUAGCUAAGAGGAAAGAUGUUCAAUUUAACAUUUGCGUAAUCAAUUUGGCUAACAUUAUUUAAAAACAAAAUAUUAUAAUAAGAAAUGAAAAUUGAUAAUUGAAGGAAUAAAGAAAAAAUAGUUGAAGAAAACGAAAUAAAACUAAAAUUAUAUAUAUAUAUAUAUAUAUAUAUAUAUAUAUAUAUAUAUAUAUAUAUAUAUAUAUAUAUAUUUCAAAAAGGUUGUCCUUUGCAAACCUUAAACUCUAAAUCUUAAACCUUAAACUCUAAGCGCGCAUAGCAUAAUGGGAGCACAAAUUUCAAGCUUAGUAGUUGUAUAUUGCAGCUCUUUGUGAGUGAAAUGUUUUCGCAGGGAGAUACUUACCAUGUUUCUGAGAAAUGGGCUCCAUAUAUGCUUUCUAAACUGCUUAAAUGUGCUCCCAUCACGCUUUGCGUGCUUAGACUUUAAGGUUUUAGAGUUUAAGGUUUGCAAAGGACAACCUUUAUUGAAUUAUGUUUGUGAUGUUACUCUGAGUGUAUAUCCACACCGGACGAGCUUGAAAAAUAUGCCCGGCCACGGUGGGAAUCGAACCUGUGAGAUAUAACAUAAGGUGUUCACUCCUAUGUCAGUGUAAGAUAAGGUUUUCACCCCUGCCCCUAUAUGUAACAUAAGGUGUUCACCCCUAGCUAUAUCAGUUUAAGGUAAGAUUUUUACACCUUCCCCUAUAUAUAACAUAAGGUGUUACUCCUAUAUCAGUGUUAGAUAAGGUUUUCACCCCUGCCCCUAUAUGUAACAUAAGGUUUAAAUUAACUUGAAAACGUCACUUCCUCUGUCAUUAAAUAUUGCCCGUAUAUGUAACAUACCCCUAAUAUGUAACAUUACCUUACCAUGAAAAUACUUGAAAAUUAACGAUUCGAAUAGGAAAUGAAUAUUGGUAACUGAAAUAAUAAAGAAAUAAUUUGAAGAAUGAUAAUCUCAAUCAAUAAUACAACGAAAUAAAACUAAACCUGAAAGUUAAAAAAUAUAUAAUAUAACUUUAUGAAUAGCUUGAUAAUUUUUCGGAAAAUUUAGAUAUAAAGAUUCAGUGAUGCGCAAAUUAACCUCGAAAUUAACUAUAGAGGGCACUCAGACAGAGACUGCAUACCACCACCGCCAGCGAAUUAAAUUAUGUAGCUAUCAUGCAUAAAUUAUGCAGUACAUGAGCUAUUUAUACGCAUUCAGUUUACUCUGAAUGGCAAAACAAGACGAAACAUUUGCUAACUUCUCAUUCAAGUUUCAUCCAAAUCCAAAAAUUGUCCAGUUUGUCCUUGGGUAAUGUCAUCAGUCCCAAAAAUGUUCGUAUUGAUACGUUUAUAUUAUUGAAGUUAUCGUGCUGGCGGACAGACAGACAGACAGAGACAGACAGACAGACAGACAGACAGACAGACAGACAGACAGACAGACAGACAGACAGACAGACAGACAGACAGACAGACAGACAGACAGACAGACAGACAGACAGACAGACAGACAGACAGACAGACAGACAGACAGACAGAUAGACAGACAGAUAGAUAGAUAGAUAGAUAGAUAGAUAGAUAGAUAGAUAGAUAGAUAGAUAGAUAGAUAGAUAGAUAGAUAGACAGAUAGAUAGACAGAUAGAUAGACAGACAGACAGACAGACAGACAGACAGACAGACAGACAGACAGACAGACAGACAGACAGACAGACAGACAGACAGACAGACAGACAGACAGACGCACAUGCAGACGCACAUGCAAACGUAAUGAAAACAUAUUAUUUUCCAUGGAUGGGCAGAGGUAAUGAUUCAUUACCUGCUUAAAUUGAGAAACGUUAUUUACUAUUUAGGGUCAUCAUAUUGUGUACUGUUAACAAUUGUUCAUUGUACUCUCGAGUGCUACAUCAUGAUCCAUAUACUUUAAUUAAAUUAAAUUGAGGAAUUUCCACUAAAAUAUCUAAGCGAUAUAUUUCAUUCCCACCCACCACCAGGUACAACUUUAUUUUAUUUUAAUUAUAUAGCCUUGACUGCGCAUUAUCAAAAACGAAUGGAACUGGAUAACGGACAAUGAUACUUGGAAAUAACCACGCAUAAUUCUCAGCAUUUGUCUCAUACAAUACAUAAGUUUGAUAGAAAAUUCAAUAGGUAGAAAAAGUAAUUAGCUUCUAAACUAGUGACGUAUUUGAGUAACUAAUCAACUGAAUAGCUUUCUCAAGUAUAUGAUAUUUUUGUGUACCUUUGGCUGCGUUUGAAUGAGAAAUAGCGUGGUUUGAUAUUAUAUAUACUUCUUUAUACGUUUAUAACUUAGGAUGUAGAUUAGAAAAGGUUUCUCUUACUGUUUUAGUGUUUGGAGUGAUGACCGUUUAAUUAAAAAGUGAAAAACUCAUUUUAAUUCACAGUAAUUAUAGUAUGGAAUUAGAACAUGACCAUUCACAGUUAUAUAAAAUUAAAUGGUAGCAAAUUAAUUAAUCAAACAAAAACCAUCAUAUGUAGAUCUGAAAAAUUGACUAUUGGCAGAGGACCGCCAAGAAGAAACGACUUCAUAUGUAUAGCUUACUGUAAUUUCAUGACGAUGUCUUGAUUUGGACUAAUAGUCUAAUAUAACCAAUAUGUUCGUCAAUUUAUGCGAUGGAAAUCAUGUAAUAGUUAGCUGAAC